AGGAAUAGGAAGAAAAUGAAAAAAUCAUCGAAUAACAAUAGCAUAGUGGUAGAGGUGGUUGCUGCAAUAAUCGUUCCCGCAGUGGUUGGAGUUGUAGCAUAUUUUUAUGAAAAAAGGAAACCCCAAUUUUCAAGUGGUAAUAUGACUCCAGCCGAAUUUUCACCGUCAUCCAGUAGUAACUCGUCUCUUAGAAGAGAGCCUACUUCGGAAGAGCAAAUUGCAUGGCGUCAAGCUGAAAAUGAUGUUGCUCAACAAGAGAGAGAUGCCGAAACCCGUAAACUGAUCCUUCUCACAAUGGAGCAAUCUCGUCAGCAAAGUGAAGCCAUGAUUUCCCAAAUGAAAACUCAAACGGAAGAGUUUCAACGGAUAGUUCAAGAACUGAAAGAUGAUGCGGAUGAAAGAAGAAACCGGGCUCAAACCAGCUUGGACAAUUCGGAGUAUGAAACCCUGGUACAACAACGUCAAAAACUGAUCGAAAAUUCUGAAAAAAGCCAGCAGGAAACCAAGGAGCAAUUGGAAAAAAUCGUGGAGCUGCAAAGAAAAUCUUGUGAUCAAAACAAAGAAAAAUUCACAGCUCUGGAAUUGCAGUUGCAAGAAACUAAUGAGAGAAUGCAGAAACAAUUAGAUGAAUUAAACGCCAAGUUUGAGGAUGUGAACAGGAAAUUGCAAAAGGCAAGUGAUUGUAACGCUGACACGGAAAAAGAAAAUGAAGAAGGAGUCAGUGAUAAUGGAACCGAUGAUUCCUGGGAUGUUGUCACUGUGCAAAGAUCGAGUCUUUGAGAUUUUUCUGGAAAAUAUUUCUAAAUUUCGGAAUAAAUAUAUUUAUUGAACAUGUUUAGAUGGAUCCUGUACAAAAAUAAAAUUAAUAUUUUGCAUGCGGAAUAACGUCAAAGAGAAACAUUUUUCAAUAAGUUAGAGUUAGUUGCCUUUUUAUUUCCCCUUCCUUGUCGUUAUUUUCUCUACAUCACAUUACUGUUAUCUUUAACUUUCAGUCGGUAUUUCUCUUGCUCACCUCUAUUUUUGAACCAUAUUGAUGUGUGUUUCUGACAUUAAAACUUUCCUUC